AUGAAAAUUGGUCAUGAUAAUCCUGAUUGUAUAAAACAAAGAUCUUGUGCAAAUGUUGCCGGAACAUUAUCAGGAUCAACAACAACACCAACAGCUGAUACCCAUAGAAUUGAACAAACUCCUUCAUUAGGUAAACCGCAACAACAAAUAAAAAUUUGUUAUAGGUGCAAACAACCAGGUCAUGUUCACAACGAUUGCAUUGUUGAUCAUCAAGGUGUGGUUCACCAUUCAACACCAAUAUCAAAUGCUGAACUUUUAUCAACAUGCUCAACACCUACUGUUGUUGGUGAACGUGAUGUUGAUGAUUUCAAAAGCCCACAACUAGUAGCAGUGCAAGGACGUACUACACUACUGGUGGUAUUAUCUGCAGGUAAACAAGUCGGUGGCGUAGAAUUUGUAUCUUGUCAUACGAAAUAUAAUGUUGUUCAUGAACAACAAUCACAUGUUCAACAACAACCAGGUGUGGAAAAGCAACUAGAUGUACAACAACAGCUUACACUUAAUGUAAUUAAUCAAGCACCGAUCAUUAAUCUUUUAGAAGCAUAUACAAUAUAUAAAGAAGGGCAAAAUGUGCUAAAAAGACCUCUUCAUGAUGAAAACAAUUUAACAGAAAGUGAUUCGAAAAAGCAGCAUGUCCAUAUCUCUCUGUCUAUCGAGGAGAAUCAGGAAGAAGAAGGUAAAAUUUAA